AAAAAAAAAAGCCCUCCUGUUUUUUUCCAAAGGAUCUGUCUCAGGAAUUUAAAGCACAUUUAAGACACACACACACUCACAUAACAUAAGGAGGGGGGGAAAAGGUCUCUUCCCCUCCCCUUCUUGCAGAAAGCAUGGAAGAAAGCUCCAGUUCUCCUGUUUCCCCUGUGGAUAGCUUGGGGACCAGUGAAGAGGAGCUGGAAAGGCAGCCAAAGAGAUUUGGCAGGAAGAGAAGAUACAGUAAGAAGUCCAGCGAAGAUGGCAGCCCCAACCCAGGGAAGAGGGGGAAAAAGUCCAGUCCCAGCUCCCAGUCUUAUGAAGAACUGCAGAGCCAGAGGAUCCUGGCCAAUGUCAGAGAGAGGCAGAGGACUCAGUCGCUCAAUGAAGCUUUUGCCGCCCUGAGGAAAAUCAUCCCCACUUUGCCCUCUGACAAACUCAGUAAAAUCCAGACCCUCAAGCUGGCGGCACGGUAUAUAGACUUCCUCUACCAGGUGUUACAGAGCGACGAGAUGGACAGUAAGAUGACGAGCUGCAGUUACGUGGCUCACGAGAGGCUGAGUUAUGCCUUCUCCGUAUGGAGGAUGGAGGGAGCAUGGUCCAUGUCGGCCUCCCACUAGCCACCGCCCGGGCCAGGCGAGCCCAGCUGCCGAAGGACUGUCCAGUGUCUGAGACUGAAGUGGAAUUGGGAUGUAUCCAAGUUUGUAGCUUCUGAAACCUUAACAACCUCAAGUAAAACUGGUCCAAAAGACCCCUCUUGACCUCCCUCGCUCUGAACUCUUGUGGAGCACUUAGACUGAGCAGAAACCAGCACCGAAGCUAACGGUCUGAAGCUUUGCAACAUCUCUCCCCAAGCGACUGACCAAAGAGAAAAGAGAAGCAACAUUCCUGGUUGUUUGCUGUUGUUGGGUUUUGUGUCUGUCUGUGCGUUUGGUUUUAUCUCUAAUUUUUUUUUUGUUCUGAAAAAAAAUUUUAAUUCAGGAAUUCAUUUAUGAGAAAUCUUUGGGUUCGGAUUUUACUUCCCCUUAGC